CGGUUAUUCCUCCAAACCCGAAAUUCUUUUCAUCGUUAUUAAAAUGAAGACGCAGUAUUGCCAACUGUUUCUGCUAGCAUUGUCACUGGGUAAGAGCCAGAGCUGUUACACUUGGCUUCUCCUUUGACAUUCCAUUGAGCAUGAAAGAGUUUGCAGAACACUCUGACCUUGUAAUGCAUUAAAGGAGUAGAUGUUAAGGGCAAAAGGAUGUUGCUAAGUACAUUCGGGCUCCGCAUGGCAAUGAGACUCGCUCGCUCAUCUAAAGACAAAACAAAGGACGAAUCAUUCUCCAGGAAGCAGAUGAGUGGUACACACGGAUACCUCUUUCUCCUCAUGGGCAUCUCUAUGGCCACGAACUUGAACACUAGUUUGCUAACGGAAAAGGUCUUUAGGUGUCAGAACUUUGCCAACAAGUGUCUGGUGGCCUACAUGUUCUUCAUAUCAGUGGCAUCAUUCGUGGCUCUAUUUCUCUGCGAGUUGGACUUUUCGACCAUGGUAAUGAGUGAAUGGAUGUUGGUGACGUCUCACUCAAUGCAUGUACUCGUGGGCAUGUUUGGCAAUGGCAUGAUGGCUCGCAACAUCUUCAUCCUGGGCUACGGGAUAAACGGGGCGUUGGAGGCGUUCAUCUGUUUUUCAGCCGCUGGCGUUGUCUCUAAACUAUUUCUCAAUUCAACCUACUCUUUGAUAUACACAGGGUUCCCUGCUGGUUCCAUUUUUUUGGGAACCACCCAGACUAUACUGAACCGUGUAGUUGGAACCAGUACAAUUUCGCAAAUGAGAAAGAACCUGGUAUUAUGCCACGGAAUUCAUGCUUUAUUAUCAUCCGUAGCAGGCAUUUGGGCGACCUUUCUCUACAUCAAAUAUGGGCAUUCUGUCAAGGAAGAUGACAAAAAGGAUGAGGGUGAAGAGAACAAGACUGAAGAUGAAAAGAAGUCCGAGAGUGAAAACAAGAAGCUCAGUGUUGGCCAAAAAAUUUUACAGACUAUUGAAAGUUUUAAAUAUGCAAGGUACUACUACUCGAGGCUCAUUUUGGUCGUUUGUGCAUAUUUCCUAAGGUAUUUUUUCUUUCCUUGUCUCAUUCCAUUUGUACUGGACAUUCCACACCAUAUCAAGCUCAUAUGUUCUCUCUCACUCAUUCUUUCAGAGUUCAUAUCAAAGCUAAACACUGUGGGUGUCAACGAGACUAUAAAUCCAUCAGAGAAGGAGCCUUCCCAGUCUCAUGCCAUGUUCUUGCUAAUGAGGGAUGCCUAUCUACACUUUACGAUAAUUAUCUGCAUUGCAUCUUCGUCAUUUGUCUUAUGGUCCUCUUUGACUGGCAGGUAUCACUUUUCAAAGUCACCCAUAUUCAUCUUUUGCUUUAUCAUAACAAUGGGAAUAUCAUAUGGUUACUUGUCAACCAGAUCUAUUAACGGCUGUAAGCCUGUGCUGGACUAUUACACUAAACAGCUGGAUAAUAAUGGAAAACCGAUGGUAGAAGAAAAGGUUGCCAAUGGCUCUGGAGUCUCAGAUGUUGCCACUCUUACAAUCAAUGUGGCUCUAAUGUUCAUUUCAGUCUUUUCAGAUACCACCUAAGGGCUCAUAUUAAAGUAUAAAGGUUCUAGAGCCUACAUUCUCAACAACAGUAAAGGAGAUUUGUCCAUUAAAGCUGUGGAUGCUCUACUA